AUGUGUAUGAAAGCGACCAAAGCGAGCAGUGUGAACAUGCACACGCAAAGUGUGAACGGUGUUCCUUCGUUUUGCUCCCUAAAUUUGCCCAUAGCUGCUUUCAUAAGUCCGUCUUUCAAAGCAAGGAGCGUCAUUCUGGCAAGCACCGAGUGUUCAUUCUUCUUAAACCCUUCCUCACGUAGUACUGCCUGGAAAAAGAUUAUCUGUGGAUAUAAGUGUGAGAGAUGUUACGUGCAUCUUACCAUGAGCUCAUCGAGGCUGUUGCAUUGCUCAGUGAAGCAUGAGUAUUGGGCUCGGAGCACAUGA